AUGAAUAAUCUCGAUAUUGGAAAUGAGAUUCAGAAAAUCCGUGGUGGUUCAUUGGUUAACGACCUCAAUAUGCACAUGAAUAUAAAACUACAAUGUAUGAACAAAUCUGGAUCAAAUUGCUCGUGGAUCAACGGCUUGAAAUACUACCAUGACGACACGAUUUAUGGAAUGUUUGCCAUACUGGGUAUUGAGACUAAAGUUAUAAGCACGCUCGGAUAUCCAGACUAUUCAGCGGCAACAUUCCUUGAACUGUGGAGAAAUCGUACCGAUGACCGACCUUACUUCAAGCUCACGUACCAUCAGAACGAUAAAAAUGUCACGCUUUAUCCUAUUACUCAUUACAUUGACCCCUGUAAAGGACAAGUGUACUGCAGUCUAGACAAGUUCCAAGCAUUCGCAGAUAGAACGAGACCCGAUCAGCCGAUGGAUCAGUGGUGUGAAGUCGAUCCUCGUCCUACAAACUUAUCAGAUUCCCAAAUUUUCCUUCUGAGCACAGUGCUCAUGACGAUGAUCUCCACAUGGAUGAACAAU